AUGGUCGUUAUCCUCCCCCGCUUUCACCUCAUUGAGAUUGAGGACUACUCGUGGUGCCCAAUCUGGCUCCGCGAGUACGCCCAUCGCUCGCUCGCCGCCGUUUGGAGUACUGUUGGGUUCAACAGGACCACCUCCACGGCUGCACAGAUGUGCGAUGUCAUCACCGCCAACCUCCCUGGGCAUCCAAGCGAGUAUCACUUUGUGGAUGCCUGUGCCGGGGCUGGAGGUCCGACUCCCAUCUUUGAGGAGGUUCUCAACGAGCGAAUGGCCUCGGAGGGGAAGCCUCCCAUUGAGUUCCUGCUCACGGAUCUGUUCCCGGAUCUAGACGCUUGGAAGGCCAUCACCGCUAAGAGUGACCACAUAUCGUAUGUGGAGAAGCCCGUGGAUGCCACCAAGGCGUCGAGAUAUGCUGCCCGUGACAAGAAGGAACUUCGUAUCUUCAACAUGUGCUUCCAUCACUUUGACGACGCUGGUGCUCGCAAGGUGCUUCGAAGCUGCAUUGAGGAGUCCGAUGCGUUCAUGAUCUUUGAGCUUACUCACCGAACCCCUUCAUCACUCAUCACUACCACAUUCGUCAUUCUCUCCCCCUUUGUGACCACUCUACUCUGGUGGUGGUGGUCUCCCAUGCAUCUCUUCUUCACUUACAUCAUCCCCGUCGUCCCUCUGUUCUUUGUAAUCAACGGCUACGUCUCAUGCUUGCGAGGCCGCACUCCCGAGGAGAUGUUUAAGCUUAUCCAAGCAGAGGGCAUUGACACUACAGGCUGGAGGUUCACCAACGGCGAGACACGUGUUCUCCCUCCAUUUGGGACCAUCUACCACUUUAUUGGAACCAAGGAGUGA